CCCGCACCUGGAGCUGUAUGUGCAAGAACGGCUGUGUGUAGGCGCAGCUUGGUAAACCUUGUACAAGCCUAAAAGGGCUGAGAAGCAAUUGAGAAAAAAGGACGCCGAUAGCUUCAUAUUAGUUUUUGACUCCGAAGCAGCGUUUUGCCAUGAGGGUGCUUUACCUCUAUUUAGUUGUCGCUUUCUGCGGUUAUAAUUCAGUCUAUUGCCAAUCCGUGAGCCAAUCAACGCUCGACUACAUCGCAGCGAAUCUGGGGAUACGAUAUGACGUGCUCGACAACUUCCAAGACAGCUGGCGGAGCUACAAGGUCCAGCUGACUCUGAGCAAUGCGGGCUCGCAAGCUAUUGCCAACGGUGAUUGGUCAAUCUAUCUGUGUCACAUCCGGGUCAUAGAACCGGUACAUACUAAGCAUAACCCUGAUGGCUACGUGUUACCUGGAUAUGGAUUAAAGGUCACGCAUGUCAACGGAUGUCAACACAGAAUCCAGCCAACAGCCGACUUCAAACCUCUCCUACCAGGAGAUUCAAGACCAGUCCUUUUCAACGCUGAAAACUGGGCGGUUGCUAAGACAGACGUCAUGCCAAAUUUUUACGUAGCCGCUGAAGGACUACAGGCUCGCACCAUUACCAGCACUUCCGGGGAGAGCCUCGAUUUCGUGGGUCCAUUUGACAAUAAGUUUAAAUGGAAGAGAUUCGAUCCGGACAAGUACAAUCCGUUUACACCGGAAGAGCGAUUUGCCAAGAAUAAUGUUACUGAUCUUAAAAGACCUGGCCUUCUUGUUUUGCCGAGUCCAUCUGAGGUGACUGGGUACGACCCACACCAACAAGUGAAUCUGCUGACCGGUGAUUGGGAGGUGAUCGCUGGAGAUGAACUGAAGAACGAGGCGGCUUUCUUAGCAGACAAGCUUGGUAUCCGCGCCGUCUCAUUCAGUCAGUUUCGUCAGAUCAAGCUUCAGCUUGGUGACGUAGCAGUUGGUAACCUUGGCAACCCAAGCAAAGAAGCGUACAGUCUUGAGGUGGACGCUGCAGCUGAGAGGAUUCUCAUCACAGGCGUGACCCCCCUUGCCGUGUUCUGGGGGGUGCAGUCUCUUCUAAGUCUUGGGCACAGCGGUUAUGUUCCUAAGGUGACCAUCCGCGAUGCUCCACGGUUUGAGUACCGCGGAAUGGAGAUCGACUUGGGCCGGAACUUCAUGCCUAAAUCUGAGAUCUUAAAGCUGAUAGACGCCAUGUCCAUGUACAAAUUGAACAAACUCCAUCUGCACUUGACGGACGACGAGGGAUGGAGACUGGAGAUACCUGGGCUACCUGAGCUGACCACGCUCGGCUCGAAAAGAUGUCACGACCCCAGGGAACACGACUGCAUUGAUUCUCAACUCGGGUCCGGUCCGGGAACCGGGAACUCCGGUACCGGGUACUAUACGGUAUCCGAAUACCGGGAUAUCCUGCGAUACGCACGUGAUAGGCAUGUGGAGGUUAUUCCGGAGUUCGACAUGCCCGGUCACGGACACGCGGCCAUCAAAGCCAUGCAGUCACGAUACAGGAAGUAUCUGGCAAAGGGCGAUAAAUACAAGGCAAACCAGUACAUCCUGUCGGACCCGUUAGACAAGUCUGAAUACCUGUCAGUCCAGUUUUUUACCGACAAUGCCAUCAACCCGUGUUUGGAGUCAACAUACGAGUUCAUUGAGCAUAUCGUGUUUCAAGUUCGACGCAUGCAUUUUGACGUUCAACCGCUGACGACAUUUCAUUUUGGUGGAGACGAGGUUGCACAUGGCGCUUGGACCAAGUCCCCCGCAUGCGCAGCGCUGGCGCAGAAACUGGGCCUAAAUUUCACAAGUCCAAGUAUUGUAAAGGAUCUUAAAGAGUACUUUGUUCGACGCGUAUCAAAAAUCACAUCCAAGUACUGUCUGGACCUCGGAUCCUGGGAAGAUGGGGUGCUAGGGGUGAAAGACAAGCCCUACGAUAGGGGGUACCUACCCAAUCGCAACGUGUACGCCUACGCGUGGGAUAACGUAUGGGAAUGGGGGCAUGGAAGCAGGGCAUACAAACUCGCCAACGCGGGAUACAAGGUUGUUAUGACCCAGGCCACCCACUUGUACUUUGAUCACCCGUACGAACCCGACCCGGAGGAGCGUGGGUACUACUGGGCACCCAGGUACAUUGACACUCGGAAGACGUUUGGGUUUAUGCCGGAUAACCUCUACGCCAAUGCCGACUUCACUCGGAUGGGCGACCCUAUCGUCGAUCUAUGUCAGACUAUGUACAAGGGGCAAUGCGUACCGCUAAAGGAGCCAAAUAACAUUGCAGGAAUGGCGGGAGCCCUUUGGAGUGAGACAGUGAGAACUCCGUCCCAGCUUCAGUCUAUGAUCUACCCCCGACUUCUAGCCUUGGCCGAGCGAGCCUGGCACAAUGCUUGCUGGGAAAUAGAGAGUGACGUAACGGAGAGAUCACGUCUUCAGGUUAUGGACUGGGAGAUGUUUGCGAACGCCUUGGGAUAUAAAGAGCUAUUGCGACUGGACCAGAUGAGAAUCGAUUACCAUAUUCCAGUACCUGGAGCAGUCGUAAAGAAUGGCGUCUUAAUGACUGAUGUUGCGUUCCCUGGCCUAGUUGUUCAGUACAGUGUAGAUAACGGGAAAACCUGGAGUGACGUUACUUCCGCCGGAAUACGAGUUUCUGGAGAAAUCGUGUUGGCGACAAGGUCGGCGGACAGGCGUCGACUUAGCAGACGCAUCAAGAUCAAAGUUUAGAUCAUACAGUACGUCUGCGAAGUGUUGUAAUACAGAAAUGAAUCACUAUUAAAAUCUCAACUCGA